ACGGUAAAAAGAAUAGGACGACUCAACACGAUUCUCCCUCAAUCUGGCAAAGACCAAUACGUCUCUGCCGACGAGGAAGCAAUGAAUAUUGUAGGAGUCAUCGAGAAUGUGGCCGUGAAAGUUGGACGAGUACACGUCCUCGUGAACGCCUUGGUCAUAGAUGUGCACUCAUAUUCGGUGUUGUUAGGACUGCCUUGGGCAAUGGCGUGGACUGCGUGCUUGGAAGAACCCGGGAGUGACAGCACUCUGCCAUCGCGGCAGGAGUACUUGAAGACGUACGGAAUCAUCGAUCGUGCCUUCUAUCCGAAGGAAGAGCCUGAGGAGGCGCUCAAAGGAGAAGAGGAAGCCAUUAAAGAAGAGGCUGACGCCGACGAAGAAACGUCGGAGGAGGGAAGUUAUAGUGAGUACAGUGAAGGGGAGCAGAGUGAAGAAGGGGAGGAGGUAGAAGAAGAAGAAGAAGACGAAGAGGAGGAAGCCGGAUCGGAGUGGGAGGACUUGCCGGAAGAAGCGGCGCGCACAGGCACGAAGGCGGAAGAUCCCGAAGCGGCACGUAGAAGGGAAGAGAUCGCCGCCGGGAAAAACCAGCUGGAGAUCGCCAGCGGGACGAGCUUGUGCAUCAACGACGACCCAACCAGGGAUCCAGAGCCCCCCGAGCCCGAAGAUGGCGGAUCAACAACCGCGGCUCCGAGCGCAUCGCGACGGAGAUGGAGCCGAUCACCCUCCCCCUCCACCCCAACCCGUCCCCCAGUUCGUCCACGUACCGAUGCGGGGAAUCGUCCUUCGUCCCCGUUCAUUAUCCCGUCGUCCCCUUGACUACCUCACCCUCUGCCAGAUCUCUACCCCCGUCACCUUCCCUCGCAACCCCUUUCCUCCCAAUACCUUCCGUCACUCUUACUUCACCCGUCUCG